GCUACCCACAGCCGAACUCUGAAAAAUCUAGACGGCAGAGACUCUGCAGAGGAGCCGGGUGACGACAGACCAGCUGGCGGAUCCUGGCCCACCUCCCUAUCCCUGCCGAGGGGCGCGGCCAGGGCUGGUGCACGGGCGGGGCCCCUUCCCGGCUCAAACCCCGGAUUGUCCUACCAUCCCCAGCAGUCAGGGCUGCAAGGCAGUGCACCCGCGGGGCGGGGACUUGGGACAAGGUGACUAGUGCGCACAGACAGGGCGACCCAGUUGCGCACCCCUCCGGAGUUGUCAUUGCCCAUGGCCGAGGAGCCAGAACCAGAGCCAGACCUUGGGGCAGCCCAGGGCGGAGUGGAGCCUGCGGUGGAGAUGCCGGACUGGAAGGCUCCGGAGGACACAGACCCCCAGCCUGGAAGUUAUGAGAUCAGACACUACGGACCAGCUAAGUGGGUCAGCACUUGUGUGGAGUCUAUGGACUGGGAUUCAGCCAUCCAGACUGGCUUUACAAAACUGAAUGGCUACAUUCAAGGCAAAAAUGAGAAAGAGAUGAAAAUGAGGAAGACGGCUCCGGUGACAAGCUACGUGGAGCCCGGCUCAAGUCCUUUCAGUGAGUCUACCAUUACCAUUUCCCUGUAUGUCCCCUCUGAGCUGCAAUCCGAUCCACCCAGGCCCUCAGAGUCAGAUGUCUUCAUUGAAGACAGAGCUGGAAUGACUGUGUUUGUGCGGUCUUUUGACGGAUUCUCCAGUGGCCAAAAGAAUCAAGAACAGCUUUUGACGUUAGCAAACAUUUUGAGGGAAGAAGGAAAAGUUUUCAAUGAAAAGGUCUUUUAUACUGCUGGCUAUAGCAGUCCUUUUCAACUACUUGAUAGAAACAACGAAGUGUGGUUGAUUCAGAAAAAUGAGCCCUCUAAAGAAAAUGAGUAAGAAAAUGAAGAUGACUGCCAGGGGCAGAGCUUCUGUCGAAUGCAGACAUCAGCAGCACCACAAGUGAAGUAUGUAGUGUCUUCAUAGUGUAAAUACCUGACAUACCGGAUACGUCUGUGACCCCAAAGAGGUCGCAACCCGCAGGCUGAGAGCCGCUAUUCUAGGGUAUCUUAUACUAGAUACCAUCUUGAAUCAUGCUUAUUUCCAGUGUGCCUUUUUGAGAAGCUUUAUUUAGGUCUAGGUACCAAGACAAAUCUGCAAACAGGUCAUACGUGAGAUGGCCUCUGCUUCUAUGAGGAUUAAGGGAAACACCAUGCCAUUUCCCUCUUAUUCACACUAUGACCAUCAAGUUGCCUUCCUCUGCUUGGACCUAUGACAUUUGAACGCUCUACCUUCCAUAUAGUAGCAAUAAAUAUGUUAAAGGUUUGUCCUACAUAGAAGUAAAAUUAUGUCAGACACAAAAAUAGUCUCUCACUGCUACCACUGUUACAUUUUUCUGGUGAAUCCAUGUCCCCAUCCAGCUACUGCUCCCUGCAUAAAGAAAUCUCUUACCAGAAAGUAUUGACAAAAUUUGGAGACAGAAAAUAAACUGAUGAAAUGGU